UACGAUUCUAUUACAAAGGAAGAACGGGGAAGUUGGUAAGCUUCGAGAGUUUUAAGGAGUCACGCAUUUGCGUUCCCACUUAUCGACUGAUAUCGAGCGAGGGGAGCGACUAGUCGAUCGGUCGCAUGACCGAUACGAACGAAUCGCUUUUAUUUUCGGUAUAAUACGAUUAAGCGUUAUCGAGGAUAACUUUCAAUCGGUUAUAUUUAUUUCGACGGAGAAAACUCAAGUCGUUGAAAAUUAAACACAAAUUAUAAAGAAAUUAUGAUUAAACGAUGAAUAAGAAGGGUAACGUGAUAGGGGAUGUACGGACCUGAAACAAACGGGCCAAUCGGUAGGAGACAUCGGUACCCUCAGUACGCCACGAGAGGCGCUUUAGACAGUACAUCCCGCCGUGUUGCGCGGUACGACACGGAGGGAUUCAUGUCGCAGAAUAUGCCGCAUUGCCACGAGUAGCGUUCUCUCUCUCUCUCUCUCUCUCUCUCUCUUUCUUUUUCCCUUUCUCACUUUUUCUCUCUCUCUCUCUCUCUCUCUCUCUCUCUCUCUCUUUCGCUCACUCGCUCUUUCUCUCUUUUUCUAAUUCUCCCACGCUCUAUUAUACGGAAGGGGGUAAAUUCGUGCGUGCAAGAAAACACGCGCGCGCUACCACUGGCAGUUAGGAAAGGAUCAUUGACGUCGCGAAUUCGACAUGAGAAAUGCCGACAGAGACGACAACGAGGACGGCGAUAGAGCUUGAAAAGCUUCGUGUACAGCGAAAAACUAGGUGUCUUCCUCACGAAGGUCUCGCCGAACCAAUUACCACCACCGUCGUUCAUUCGUUCUUGUUAAUAAUAAAUAAUAAGGGAAGAGAAAAAGGAACGAUUCACAAUGAAUAUUCGGCGAUUGCCCAGUUUCUUUUAUCACUACAAAAUGCUCGGUGGUCUCCUCGUAUCGGCUUUCCUGUUUGUCAUCUAUCUUCUCUUUCACUGGGGUAUUAUGUGCACGAACCUGGAAGCUUGGCGACACGUUAUCAGCGCGUAUGAUUUACAGUGCAGAAAUCACAACGAUGGCACGGCGAUGGGUAUUUUGUGCGAACCACUUUGCACGGAGAAGGGUAUACAUUCUUUGGCCUGUGAAACUUUGCAUACCGGCAAGGAAGCAGUAUUUUCUGCUCACUGGGAAGCGACUAGACUUGUAUUUAAAGCUUACAGAACGAAAUCAAACACGGAUGAGUACGAGUCUCUUUUCUGGAUCGACGCAUUCGAUGUGAAGCAUUUUCCCACAGAAGAAGAUUUCGGAACUAUGAUCAAGGAUCUGACAGUAAAUAAGUUAAAUUACACGAUAUCGACGCAACAAAUGCAAAGGCUCGCUCGUUUGCGUACCCAUAAAAUCGAGGUUGACACCAAAAGGCGUCAUCUCGAGAUGGAAAACGUUUGGCCACUUUUACAGGAAAACGAAUAUCUCAUAACUAUUUUAUUCGAAGAUCGUGACGUUUUCCCACAACUGAUAGGCACUUGCGGGACUUUCUAUGCCGUUGAAUACGUCAGACCUAUAGAAACACCAACGACGGCAUUGGCACUCUCCGACUCGAAGCCAGAAUGGGCAAAAAGAUUGAAGCUCGCCGUCAUGAUUAUGGAUCUACUAGAGGAACUUGAGACGAAUUUUCCGGAACCGUUUCAUCUCUGCGACGUCAAGAUAAAUCAUUUUGGUUUGCCUCUCGGCGGGCAAAAACUUAAAUUUCUCGACUUGGACGCGGUCUUUCCUAAAAGCAUUAUCGGACGUAUCACCGCGGAUGGGAAGACCUGUAAGAGACACGAGGAUUGUGAUUUUUUCGAUUGUAGAUCGUUAUGUUCAAAAAACAAACGAUGUGAAUCACCGGUCGUUAAUAAUAACCUACAGAUUAUAUGCGAGAAAAUCUUUCUUGGCUGGACCUUAUCAGGAACUAUCAUUCUACCUGGUUUAUUGAUGUCAGAACAUACCACUAGUUCGCUCGCUGUCCUUUUGCGACAGUGCGCCAAUCCAGCCGGUGAUGUUACCCAUUUGCCACGAGCAUAUGUACCGAACAAUUUAAAAACACGAUUGUAUAAUACGUUGAGCGAUAUGGAACAAGAAGUUUCCGCAUCUUUAUGAACUUGGAUUUGUGAAGUUGGAAAGGGUUUCUCUUUGAAAAAAAAAAAAAAAAGAAAAAAGAACAUGCUCAUUACUUUCGCAAUUUCUUUUCUAAUAGAAAAAUUGUUGAUAAUAUUAUAUUAUAUAAUAUGACAACGAGUCGUUUUAGCAAAGAACAAAUAUCGGCCCACGAUUUGCCAUUUGGAACAUACAUACCUAUCGAAUAUAUCUACCGAAUUACCGAAUAUAGAUACAUACGAAUAUAGCUUAUCACGUAGCUAAUCGCCUUUUAUAUUUGGCAUAUUCAAAUGUACAAUCCUUUUUCAGGAUAUACCUUGAUAGGUAUGAAGUAAAUAGACUUCGGCACGUAGAAAGAUUAACAAUAUGUAUUAACUUUAACGAGGGGAUGUAGCUGUAACACGUUUGCUAUACGAAAGUAAACGAUCUUUCAAAGAAAUCUACAACUCUCGAAACGGCACUAAUUCAAAAUGAUUGUGAUUGGCGAUAGAUAAGAUCGUAAGUUGUUUUUGGUGAACAUUAUUCGAAGAACCGUUCAUACGUUCAAAACGUUUGGUUAAGAACGUUUUCUUCCUCUAUAUUUUUCUUGAAAUAAUUAAAUACCUGUUUCUCGAAAAAAAAA